CUACUACUACGCACCAUGAAGUUCAUCAUUGUCCUCGCUCUUGUGGCCGUGGCUCUCGCCCGCCCCGACGACUCGCACUACGACAGCAAGUACGACGAUUUCAACGUCGAUGAGAUCAUUGAAAACGAGCGUCUGUUGAAGGCCUACGCUCACUGCUUCAUCGGAGACGGCAAGUGCACCCCUGAAGGCAACGACAUCAAGAAAUGGAUCCCUGAAGGAACGACCUCGUCUUGCGCCAAAUGCACUCCCAAACAGAAGAUCCUGGUUGCUAAGACUAUCAAGGCCAUCCAAACUAAGCUCCCCGCUGAAUUCGAGACCCUCACCAAGCAAAUGGACCCCGACAACAAAUACGGCGAGAACCUCAAGAAGUUCCUUAGCGAAUACGGCAACUAAAUAAUUCAAGCUACGUUGACACGAUAAACCCUUCAAAUUAUCACCAGUGUAAAGUCCAGCCAACAUUUAAAUGAAGUUAGAUCGUCACACAUCUGGCUGAAUUUAUAAUAUUCCCAUAUUCAAUUUAGGAAGUUUAGAGCAUAUGCAAAGUGCAUCACUGGUGCACUAAGCUGUAUAAAUUAGGGAAUUUCAAGUCUCAUUAUUUUAAAAAUUGUGUCAACGCUUGAAGGAACACUAAAUUAACAUUUGGCAAAUUUUGUAGCACAUGAUUUUGAAUAAACGUUAAAUUACGUAC